UAUCAGCUAAUCCGGGAGAGAGCAAGUUCCCGCGCAGUUUGCUCAGAUGUGUCUCAGAGAGUGGCUGCAUCAUCAGAUAGACCAACACCUCAACCUCGUCUUGUCUAUGGCAGUAUUUCUUAGGAGAUAGAUACGUAGGGGAAAGAGAUAAAGAAAGGGUUUUUCUUUAGGUAUUUGAAAUUCUACCUUUGGAUUCUUUAGGUAUGCUUCUCGCUCUUUGGGUAGCGGCCUUUGCAGCCACGCUCUUCGGGGCCAGAGCGACCUCCCUCCCGACGCCUGCCUCGAAGAAGGUCUGCACAUCGCUGAGGCUUGGUUCCUCUCACCGUGCUGGAAGAGACACGAGGCCGCCACCGGUAGAGCUCACCACAUCAGCCGAUAAGUUCAGUCCUGGGCAGAAUAUAACAGUGUCUCUGAACGGCAGACCGGGUGUUCAGGUCCAGCGGUUCGCCGUGCAGGCUCGAGAGAUCAGCAGUUUCCGUCCCGUGGGAACAUUCGUCAACCGGCCCAGCACUGCCCAAACUGUAGACUGUGGGCAUCAGAAUGACACCAUCAUCAGUCGCCAUGGUAACGGCACUGAGACACGGAACCUGAGUCUGACAUGGACCGCUCCCAACAACACAGAAAUCGGUGACGUAGAGUUUAUAGCUAACGUCAGACAGGUGGGAGAGGCAAGCUGGGCUAACCUCAAGUCAAGACGGGUCAGACAAAUAGAACCGAAUUUCCCGCCGAUCAACAUGAGUGAAUGCGGGACGGUGAAGGGGUGUUUCCGGUACGGUAAGAAAGACUGCACGGCGGAGACUUGUCGCUACGCCAUGUCCUACAGAACAGAGGGAGAGAACGUCGUGUUCGAGCUGGCGGCCGACACAGACGGAUGGGUGGCCGUGGGCUUCUCGUCUGACAGGAUGAUGAACGGAGAUGACGUCCUGGCCUGUGUGAACGCCAGGAAAGGGCGCCAGGAAAGGGUGCUGUUCCGUCACUACUACAACAACCACCACCGGCCAGCACAGCAGGACAUCAACCCGAUCAUCGGGCACGGAACGCUGGUGCGAGACGGGAGGAUCUACUGCCGCUUCACCCGGCCCAGGAAGGUGGAUAACGAUAACUACAGUGUGGAUCUGGACGCCACGUGGUACUUUCUGUACGCAUGGGGACCCGCCAACGACGGUAAUAUCAUGAGACAUACGCUCGAAUCGCCACCGACCUCCUACAGAAAAGUGAUCAUCACAUCCAAAGUAGACGACCAGCGGGACUCUUCCAACCCAACCACCGCCAACAUACUACUGCUAUGUUCAACGAUUCUUCUCUGCCAGUUUCUAAAACACUGA